AUGUCGAGCCGCGGGCGGCGGGACCGCGAUUCCCGGGACGCCCGCGGGGCCUCCACCUCCUCCGCCGCCUCCUCCGCCCGCGGCUCCUCCCGUAGCCGCCGUGACGCCGACGCCGAGCGGCCGCGGGGCCGGCGGGAUGCGGAGCGGGAGCGCUCACGGCGAGAGGCGGCGGAGGCGCUGCCGGUGGAUCUGGCGCGCGUCAAGCGGGAACCGGGCACCGGCACCGGCGUCUGGGGGGACUCGGGCACCGCCGCCCCCGCCGCGCCAGUGCGUGUGAAGCGGGAGCGGGAGCCAGACGGAGACUCCGACCCUGAGCCUGAGCCCGCCGUGCGCUAUGGGCGCUUUGAUCCAGAGGACCAGCGCAGCCGGCACUGCCCCUACCUGGACACCAUCAACAAGAGUGUCCUGGACUUUGACUUCGAGAAGCUGUGCUCCAUCUCCCUGUCCCACAUCAACGUCUAUGCCUGCCUCGUCUGCGGGAAGUACUUCCAGGGCCGCGGGCUGAAGUCACACGCCUACAUUCACAGUGUGCAGCUGAGCCACCACGUGUUUCUCAACCUGCACACACUCAAGUUCUACUGCCUGCCUGACAACUACGAGAUCAUAGACUCCUCGCUUGAGGACAUCACGUAUGUGCUCAAGCCUACCUUCACAGCCCAGCACAUCGCCCACCUGGACAAACAGGCCAAGCUGUCCCGGGCCUAUGAUGGCACCACAUACCUGCCUGGCAUCGUGGGGCUCAACAACAUCAAGGCCAAUGACUAUGCCAACGCUGUGCUCCAGGCCUUGUCUAACGUGCCUCCCCUGCGGAAUUACUUCCUGGAGGAGGAGAACUACCGGCGUAUCCAGCGCCCGCCCGGGGAUAUCAUGUUCCUGCUGGUGCAGCGCUUUGGGGAGCUCAUGAGGAAGCUCUGGAACCCCCGGAAUUUCAAGGCACAUGUGUCACCCCAUGAGAUGCUCCAGGCCGUGGUGCUCUGCAGCAAGAAGAACUUCCAGAUCACCAAGCAGGGGGAUGGGGUGGAGUUCCUGUCCUGGUUCCUGAACGCACUGCACGCGGCGCUGGGCGGCACCAAGAGGAAGAAGAAGACCAUUGUCACUGACGUGUUCCAGGGCUCCAUGCGCAUCUUCACCAAGAAGCUACCACACCCUGACCUGCCGGCAGAGGAGAAGGCGCAGCUGCUGCAGAACAGCGAGUACCAGGAGCGCAUGGUGGAGUCCACGUUCCUGUACCUGACCCUGGACCUGCCCACGGCGCCACUCUACAAGGACGAGAAGGAGCAGCUCAUCAUCCCCCAGGUGCCCCUGUUCAGCAUCCUGGCCAAGUUCAACGGCAGCACCGAGAAGGAGUACAAGACCUACAAGGAGAACUUCCUGAAGCGUUUCCAGCUGACACGCCUGCCCCCCUACCUCAUCUUCUGCAUCAAGCGCUUCACCAAGAACAACUUCUUUGUGGAGAAGAACCCCACCAUUGUCAACUUCCCCAUCACGAACGUGGACCUGCGGGAAUACCUGUCGGAGGAGGUGCAGGCCGCACACGCCCACACCACCUAUGACCUCAUCGCCAACAUCGUGCACGACGGGAAGCCCUCAGAGGGCUCCUACCGCAUCCACGUCCUGCACCAUGGCACAGGGAAGUGGUAUGAGCUGCAGGACCUGCAGGUGACUGACAUCCUGCCCCAGAUGAUCACCUUGUCUGAGGCCUACAUCCAGAUCUGGAAGCGACGUGAGGAGGAUGAGACCAACCAACAAGGCGCCUGAGACCCUUGGGGACACCCAGAAACCCCCUUGGGGACACCCCCAGCUCCCCCUUAGGGGUACCCUGAGACCCCUUUGGGAGCACCCCAAGCUCCCUUCUGGACAACCAGAGACUCGCAGGGACACCCGUGGCCCACCUGGGGGCACCUCCAUCCUCCCUGGCGUCACCCCGAGGUCCCCAGGGAACACCCAGACACCCCUGGGAGCACCCAAAACCCACCUGGGAACACCCCCAGUUCCCCUUGGAGGUGUUACCCCCAGUAAAUGCCACCCACUAUUUUUGUAA